CUCCAUCAACGCUUCGUGAUUCGUGACGUGUUUUCUCAUAAUCGACCAGGCAACCCCGCCUUUCAGUACUAUGAUAACAGUCGUCUUAGUUGUCAGAGCAUCGUUGAACUCCGUGUGUAAACUUUUAACUGGAGUGAGAGCCAUUUUCUUCAGUCGGCCGAGAACGCAAGAGGGGCUUUUUUCCGAUGACGCGCUUUGGCUACGGGCGCCUACUCGAGUUCUUGUUCUCGGCGGCCCUGCUAGGUGUGCUUACGCUGAUACUCCAUUAUGUCUUCUCGGAACCACACAAGCCAGAACCAAAACCCAGACCCGUGCUGGCGGCCUGCAACAAGGUAUCCCCACUGCUAGUCGGGCCCCGUGCCCCGAAGCUUUCCUCGCCGCCUAGCUUGGAGGAGAUCCAAAACAAGAGCGCCCCGUUGUCUCCGGGAGGCCUUUACAGUCCACCGAAUUGCCGAGCUCAGCACAGCACCGCCAUCGUGAUCCCGUUCCGGGAUCGGGCUUCCCACCUGCGCACUUUCCUGAACCACAUCCAUCCUUUCCUGCAGAGGCAGCAGAUUGAAUACAGGAUCUACGUGGCGGACCAGUGGGGGCAGGACACAUUCAACCGGGGCAAACUCCUCAACGUGGGCGUACAGGAAGCUCUCCGAGACGGUAACUGGACCUGCAUCAUCACCCACGACGUGGACCUGCUGCCCGAGGAUGACCGCAAUAUGUACUCCUGCGACUCAAACAAUCCCACGCACCUGUCAGUGGCCGUCGACAAGUUCAAUUACAAGCUGCCGUACCCAUCUAUUCUAGGCGGAGUGGUGGCAAUUGCGCCGGACCUCUUCAAGAAGAUGAACGGCUACUCCAACAAGUUUUGGGGCUGGGGGGGAGAGGAUGACGAUUUCUCGACCAGAGCGUCUCUGUGCGGAAUGAAGUUGGUGCGCCCCCCAACGGCCUUCGCUCGUUACAAAAUGAUCGUGCACAAAAGGGACAAAGGCAACGCACCCAACCCCAACAGGAUGAAUCUCCUAAAACAGACCAGGAAAAACUGGCAGAGCGACGGCCUCAACUCUCUGAAAUAUAAACUCCUCUCCAAGAAGCUGGAAGCGCUCUACACCAACCUGACGGUAGACAUCGGAGGAACAUAACGUCGGCCUUCUCAAAAAGUCAUCCAUUGUUUUGUUUUGAAGGGAAUACAGUGGGGCAAAUAAGUAAUUAGUCAACCACUAAUUGUGCAAGUUCUCCCACUUGAAAAUUUUAGAGAGGCCUGUAAUUGUCAACAUGAGUAAACCUCAACCAUGAGAGACAGAAUGUGGGGGGGGAACAGAAAAUCACAUUGUUUGAUUUUUAAAGAAUUCAUGGUGGAAAAUAAGUAUUUGGUCAAUACCAAAAGUUCAUCUCUAUACUUUGUUAUGUACCCUUUGUUGGCAAUAACGGAGGCCAAAUGUUUUCUGUAACUCUUCACAAGCUUUUCACACACUGUUGCUGGUAGUUUUGGCCCAUUCAUCCAUGCAGAUCUCCUCUAAAGCAGUGAUGUUUUGGGGCUGUCGUUGGGCAACACGGACUUUCAACUCCCUCCACAGAUUUUCUAUGGGGUUGAGAUCUGGAGACUGGCUAGGCCACUCCAGGACCUUGAAAUGCUUCUUACGAAGCCACUCCUUUGUUGCUCUGGCUGUUUGUUUUGGAUCAUUGUCAUGCUGAAAGACCCAGCCACGUCUCAUCUUCAAUGCCCUUGCUGAUGGAAGGGGAUUUUCACUCAAAAUCUCUCGAUACAUGGCCCCAUUCAUUCUUUCCUUUACACAGAUCAGUCGUCUUGGUCCCUUUGCAGAAAAACAGCCCCAAAGCAUGAUGUUUCCACCCCCAUGCUUCACAGUGGGUAUGGUGUUCUUCGGAUGCAUUUCAGUAUUCUUUCUCCUCCAAACACGAGAACCUGUGUUUCUACCAAAAAGUUCUAUUUUGGUUUCAUCUGACCAUAACACAUACUCCCAGUCCUCUUCUGGAUCAUCCAAAUGCUCUCUAGCGAACCGCAGACGGGCCUGGACGUGUACUGGCUUCAGCAGGGGGACACGUCCGGCAGUGCAGGAUUUGAGUCCCUGGCGGCACAUUGUGUUACUGAUAGUAGCCUUUGUUACUGUGGUCCCAGCUCUCUGCAGGUCAUUCACUCGGUCUCUCGUGUGGUUCUGGGAUUUUUGCUCACCGUUCUUGUUAUCAUUUUGACGCCACGGGGUGAGAUCUUGCAUGGAGCCCCAGAUCGAGGGAGAUUAUCAGGGGUCUUGUAUGGGUUCCGUUUUCUAAUAAUUGCUCCCACAGUUAAUUUCUUUACACCAAGCGUUUUACCGAUUGCAUAGUCAGUCUUCCCAGUCUGAUGCAGGUCUACAAUUUUGUCUCUGGUGUCCUUCGACAGCUCUUAGCCUCUUUGGUCUUGGCCAUAGUGGAGUUUGGAGUGUGACUGACUGAGAUUGUGGACAGGUGUCUUUUAUACCGAUAAUGAGUUAAAACAGGUGCCAUUGAUACAGGUAACGAGUUUUCUAAUAAUUGCUCCAACAGUUGUUACCUUCUCACCAAGCUGCUUGCUUAAUUUGCUGUAGCCCAUCCCAGCCUUGUGCAGGUCUAUUAUUUUAUCCCUGAUGUCCUUACACAGCUCUUUGGUCUUGGCCAUUGUGGAGAGGUUGGAGUUUGUUUGUUUGAGCAUGUGAACAGGUGUCUUUUAUACAGGUAACAAGUUCAAACAGGUGCAUUUACUUCCGGUAAUGAGUGGAGAACAGGAGGGGUUCUUAAAAAAGAACUAAGAGCCGAAAUAUUUUCUAGUUGGUAAUGUAUCAAAUACUUAUUUCAUGCAGUUUAAUACAAAUUUAUUAUUUAAAAAUCAUACGUGAUUUUCUGGAUUUUUGUAUUAAAUUCCGUCCCUCACAGUUGAAGAGAAUUUAUGAUACAAAUUACAGACCUCUACAUGGCUUGCAAGUGGGAAAACCAGCAAAAUCGGCAGUGUAUCAAAUACUUGUUCUCCCCACUGUAUAUAUUUCCCUGCACUUGCUUGAUAAAAGUAACAUUUACUGACCAUCACAAUGUUUUUUAUUCAUUUCUUUUAGUGUUUCUGAAUGCUAAAGAGUUGCACUUUUGAACUAAUUCAAUAUUUUUUCAAGCUUUUUAUAUGAGUUUGUUCUACAUAAUAAAAUGUCUGAAUGAGUGCU